AUGCCUGUUAAGCCUGGUCAACAUGAUAUGAUCAACCAACAACAACUGCUACUUCUUCAUCAAGAAAGAUCGAAGGCACAGAAGAAAUGGCUGAAACAAUAUCGAACAGAAGUUGCUGCGUCUGUCAGCAGCAUCUGUUCUACCUUCUGCGCAUUUCCAUUGGACUCAGUAAAAACGCGAAUGCAGACAUACAAAUAUAACAACUUUACGGAUUGUGUCCGACGGACAUAUCAAACGGAAAAACUACGAGGAUUCUUUCGUGGUGUUGCGGCACCUUUAGCUUCAGUAACUCUGGUCCGAACAAUAUCUUUCUCGGUCUAUCAGCGUUCAAAGUACACAUACGCAGCUUGGUUCAAGAGAAAUUUUGACUUUGAUCCAUUGGUGCACAUCAAUACAUUUGGAACAUAUCCUACCUUUUCAACUAUUGCCUGUUUCGGAGCUGCUGGCGCCACAGCUGGAUCGUUUAUAACGCUUGUAGCUUGUCCCUUCGAGUUGACGAAGCUUAGUGCUCAAGUAUCAGUGUUGAUGGCUACUAAACGGCAAACGAGCCUUUCUGAUCCUGUGAGAAAUUCUGCUAUACAGAAUGCGACUGCAGCAAGCUAUAAAGACAAGGGAACAUUUAAAACCGCUAUGAACAUUGUGAAGAAUCGUGGGGUGUCAGGCCUUUAUUCUGGAUUUAACCUUCACCUUCUUCGGGAUACACUAGGAACUGCUAUUUACUUUAUGACUUACGAAAGUUGUAAGCAACUCUUGACAACUUAUACAGGGUCGAAAGGCUCAACGAGUCCCUUUGCUGUCGUUGUCGCUGGCGGGUUCUGCGGCGUCGCGAGCUGGGCAUUGAUCUACCCAAUCGACUCUGCUAAAAGCAUUUAUCAGCGAAAUUGCCUGACUUGCUGCAAAGGCGAGACCGUUCAAAAGGCACCAAAAAUUAGAUUUUUCGACAAGAAAAUGUACCGAGGCUUGGGUGUGUCCAUGGGCAGAUCGUGCGUUGUAAAUUCAAUUUUUUUCUCAGUAUUUGAAUUCAUCAAGAAAAAUGUAAAUGCAAUUCCAGAUUGA